AUGGUCACUUUGACAAAGUUGGAAAAGAUCAGGAAAGAAGAAAAGGCCAAGGAAUUCAAGCCUUUGAUCGACGAUCUCAUAAACUGCACUGAUGAAGAAUUUGUGGAAAAACUGACUCGAAUUGUAGAGUGGGAUAGAUCGAGAGAUGACCUCUACACAUGGAUUCCGGUUCUCAACAGAAUCGAUGACAUCUUGAAUAAAAUCCUCGAUCGGUAUUCCUACCGCAGCGCGAAUCGAAAAACCGAACCCGUGAAACUAAUCACUAUGAAUCUUAAGGACGAAGCAUGUACCAAGGAGUUGUUGUGGUUCAGUUGCCGUCUGCUGAACAACAGCUGCAAUCGGUCAUUAUAUUCCUCCUUAGACGUUAUGAGCCAUCUUUUGAACUGUCCGAGCUAUGGAGUCAAAUUGGGCGCAAUGAAAGUCAUCGCCAUCAUGGGAGAGCAGCAGGUAGUCUCCCGGCAAAAAAUAGACAACAGAAACCUGCUGGGCAACAAGGACUUGAAACGAAAAGCUCUGGAUUUGGCACUAGCGCUUCCGUCAUCUACCACAGAUGAUAAUAUGGAUCAUUUCGCUUUGGUGGAUCUGUAUUUUGAUAAGAAGAAAUACCCUUCCAAGUGGUCGAAACUCAACUUCAGUUAUUAUACGUCAUCAUCCAAAACGCAUUUACCCACCAAACCAGGUAGUGGAGCAUUAAAGCAGUUUUUGAUGAGUGCGGAAGAGAUUUCAAGCCUCUCUCUUCAGCAACUCUUCGACAAAGGGAUGGCAGAAAUUCCAUCUGAGAGGUGGUUUGAUUUUUCGUUGCAGGCCACAAUUGCUAAAGCAUUCUGCGACAACACUUUCGAGAAUCUUGCUCUAAGAAACCUUAUUAUACAAACCAAAUUCAAUGCCACAGCUUACAUCAAUGCCGUCUACAUUCCAGCACAAGUCAGUUCACAAUUGUUUGAGGUCGAUCCCUAUGCUUUCAACACUUUAACCGACUUCAUUGCGUUGUCUGAACGAAGAUUACCAAAAGAUUUGAGAAUGGAUGCGCUUUUCUGCUUAGAAUGUGUGUCGCUCAAACAUAUAUGGUGUUCUGAUAUCGUGAGAAACCUAGGUGGCAACAUGUCACACGGGCUUCUUUUCCAAAUUCUGAGAUACAUUGCAAAGCUACUGAGGGACAAGAAUCAUGAAGAACUAGAUGAAGAAUAUAAUGUCAGGUUUUUCUACCUCGUGUCCAACUUGGCAGACGUCAAAACUCUACAGGAUUCGCUGCUGACGGCGGGAUUGAUCCCGAAUUUGUUAGAGGUAAUCUCCAUAAAAGAUUCACCUUUCAAACGUACGCUAGCAUCUGCAACUCAUCUCUUGGAGGUUUUCAUUGAUGAUGCUGACGCAACUACAGAAUUUAUUUCAAACAACGGCUUCAAUAUCUUGAUUGAAUGCAUAAAUGAAGAAGUCACGUUUGCACUUGAACACCCAGAAUUUGGAGAACCACCGAAGUAUCCGACUGUGUACUAUUCCAUCUCUUUCAGACAGCUGGGUUAUAUUAGAAGCCUGUUGAAGUUGGUUUUGAAGCUGCUCAAGACAGAUUCUGGAGAUAGAAUCAGAAAUUUGAUUGAUUCACCUAUUCUCGUUGCUCUCAACAAGAUAUUGGAAAACAGACCUGUGUUUGGUUAUACCCUUAUCACGUAUGCAUUGGAUGUGGUUCAGACUAUCAUCAACACCGAGCCUACCAUCUACCCCAUUUUAGUGGAGUCAAAGACAAUUCCGUAUAUCUUUGAACAUUUCCAAGACUUUUUGGGACCAUCAGGAGAACUGCUCUCACUCUUACCGGAAGUAAUAUCAGCAUUAUGCUUAAAUGUCGACGGUUUAAAUCAAGUCAAAGAGAAAAAGCUUCUCAACUAUUUGUUUGAGAUUAUUAAGACUCCAGAGCUUGCAAAAAUCAUGUCUUGGGAAGAUUCCGCGAUAGAUCUUGGCACCUCCAUCGAUGAACUCGCUAGACAUUACCCCGACUUGAAGACAGAGAUCGAAGCAAAUUUUCAAAGCGCCAUCAAGACCCUACCCGAAAUUAUAGAGUUCAAUCAGCCUUAUGUCUACAGGUCCACAACAGGUGAGGGAGAGUUUUAUCGCUCAAAAACGGAUAAGAUCGUGGAUAAUGAACUCAAUGGGUUUGAGAUAGGAGCUGGGGCUAUUGAACAACCUUUUUCGGUUCUAGACUGCUUCUCGGCUGUUUUCUAUGGGCUUACGUUAGAAAAUGUUUCUUGGGCGAGUCUUGCGGACAAAAUAGACAUAAAAGACAUGCUUAGGUUGAUUAUUCAAGAGAGGCCACCUUUCGACUACGUGGGAUCUCAGACCUUGCUCAAUUUCUCGGACAUACUCAAACUAUUUGACGAUGAACGCAGAAACUAUGCCCUUCCGGCUUUAAUGAGUCUUCUCUCCGAAAAACUGACAGAGCUGGAUGACUUUCUAAAUUAUCCUUUUGAGAAUUCGUAUGUUCUAUCUUCCACUUAUGAUGAGCUUGAUGAAACUCUGCGCAAACUCUCAGUGAUAAAUGUUAUUCUCUAUGUCAUAACAGACAUAUAUAUCAACAUUGCGUCACUGUUUCCAAUCCGGGUGCUUCAAAUCAUGGAAUUCUUCGAACACAAUGGUUUUGAGCUAAUAACAAAGCUUCGACUGUUGUUUCAGCGAAGCGCAUUAGAAGACAUGUAUAUGCGCAAUCGGUUACCAGAAGAAGUUGCCAGUGAGACUACCGUCAAACCGAUUGGUAAUACCCCACCAUUGACUUUGUACGCCAGCAAACCUAAAAAGAUGGAUGAUCCACCCGCCAAAACCUCAGCGAAAUUCAAAAACACCCUUCAGGAGCGCCACCUAUUCGUCAAAAUGCAAUCAUGGGUUUCCAUGCUUUUCAGAUGCUUCUUGAGAAUGACACAUGCCAGGAAAAUGACAAUAGAAGCAUCCGAUAGGGCACUUGAGAUAAGGAUUUUUGAUACGGCAGUUACCGAGAUUGUGAAGAUGAUGGACUUGAAAUAUCUAGACACUCACUUGAGUUACUUCUUGGUCCUUUUCAACUUCAACACGUUCGUCUUCACAUUUCCUAAUGUGACGACCUCAGUUGGAGGGACUUUACAGACCAUUCCUGCUUUCCUCUUUUACCAAAGUAAAGGCUACCAAGUUUAUUUUGAUGCAAUCAAGCGGCUUUUCGCGAGGCUUCAAAGCUAUGAUAACGUCGAGAGCAUAGAACAGUACGACUAUGUCAAGGACUCGCCAGAUGUUUUGACUGCAAGUGCCAUCAUAAACGCUUUGUCUUUUCUCAACAAGUCGAUUCAGAUGGACACAAUGGAAAACAUCAGAAACACGAAGGAAUAUUAUCCUUUUGAUGAGGUUUACUACAACCUAACUACUGCCAUUAUUGUCCCCAUUAAGAUUUUGGCUUUAGGAAUCGUUGAUGAAAUAACGAGGAAUUAUGCUGUAUUCGAAAACAGCUCCAACAGAUUACCAUAUUCAGUCUUCAAACAGCUGUUAAGCCUGAUUAAAAACGUUUAUAACAAUGCAUCCGAAGGUGAGGAACAUGAGCUUUACGAACUAAGAUGGGAUCUCAUGCCUCCAUCCCUACGGAAAAUAAAAAUGCUUAUGGCAUGUGGAGUGACAGAAGAAAUUGCAAGAGGCUAUCUGGAGGAACAGAGAGAUGAUUUGCCUAUACAUGUCAAGCCAGAUGUUUUCUCUGACGACGAAUGGACAAAGUAUAAGACUCUCAAGGAAAGCGGGGACUGGCACACUGAUCUGAGGGUGUUAGAACCUCAGUACAAAACCUAUUCUUCCGUUAGCGAUCUGAAUAACUUGCGCUCAAACUUCUACUCCGAUGGGUUUGAGGAUCGCAUUUUACAGCUGCUACCUUCGUACCCUAAGCUGAUUAAUGCCAUAUCACAUAUGAUCCUUCAGAUUUUGAAAGAGGUUGACAAAUCUCCCACCAGUAUUGUCGCAAAACUUCUGACCAUGAUGCGUGGCAUUCAACUUGAUAACUCAUCAGUCCUUGCUCCUAUGAUUCACCUUUUUGGUAUACUUCUGAACAACAAAGGCAUUUACGAAGAUUGUAAGGAGUACAUGGAGGAGUUCGUCUCAUACUUGAAAGAAUCUCUUCGUCCGGAGUACGUCAGUACGGCUUGGUUUUCAAAGGCCCUCUACGUUUAUGAGAUAAUUUUUGCCAAAUCCGAGGCGCCAAAGUCCAAUUUUUCUGCUGGCAGUUUUGAAGAGAAAUUCCAUGUCACUUGCCCACCUCUAUUAAGUGCCUUCGAGAUAUCAGCCGAAGUCAAACUAGAGAUAUUCAGUUCUCUGAUCCGAGUGGAUGAAAUAUCGGACUUUUAUUCUGCCCUUGCGAUUUCUCGCAUACUUAUAUUAUAUGCCAAAGAUCAGCAGUACGCUUAUGAGGUCACACAAUCUGGCGUUCUCUCAAAGCUUUUGAAAACAAUUGGUGUCUUUCAAAAGUCAGAAAAGAUUAAUUACCUUGAGUCGUCAUUUCUUCUGCUAGUUAGAAGGUGUUUUGAAAAUGCAGACACUGUCAAGAACUUAAUCCACUAUGAACUCUCGAGGGCCUUCACAACGAGGGCGAUUGGUGACUCAAAGGAAAAACCUAGAGAUCUUGCUGGCUUAGUAUCAGAAAAAGCUAACGUCGUGAUGCGAGACCCAGAUGUCUUCAUCAAUAGCCUCUGCGAAACAGCAAGGUUCGAAGAUUUUGAUAAUCCCGGUGCUCUGCAAAAUUUGAGCGUUCGUAGAAACUUGAAAGAACGCGACGAAGAAAUGAGUGAUAUCAAUUCUCAAUCUGAAGGGAAAUUGACUUUGAGCAACAGGACCGGUAUAGUUCAUCUCCUCUUGUCACAAUUGAUGGCUGCAUGCAAGAAGGACUGGACUUCUGAGCCUCCCAGGGAAGAUGAAAACGAAGACGCAAAAAAGAAAGACGAAGUAAAUGUUGGCAGAAACCCCGUCUGUGCCUACAUUGUAUUCUUACUGAAAGUUUUGAUUGAACUCAUAGGCAGCUACAAACAAAGCAAGUUAGAGUUUUUGACCUUCAACAAAAGAAAUUUGUACGUGGAAGCGCCCAAGCCGCGAACGACUGCCCUCAACUUUAUUUUAUAUCAGCUUCUUGACACCGAAAGCCGUGAUCAGGAUAAACAUUACACCGAGAGAAAAGAAGUUGUCGGAAAACUUGCUCGCGAUCUUGUGGUAAGCUUCUUAUCCUCCGUGCAAGAUCAGGAAACUCAAAAAAAUGACCCAAAGUUAACAGAUCCGGACAUGACCUAUAUCAGAAAAUUUACUAUUGAGUCCGUAACGAAGGCCUUGAAAACAGCUGCAAGAUCCUCGAAGAGUUUAGAGACUAAUGUUGGUAAGCUCUAUGGCUGGCUUCACCUCAUAACGUCGUUCCUAAUAACUGAUCGAAGCUAUCUUCACUCUGUUCUUGAUUCAAACAAAACUUACGUCGACAAGUAUCAGAUUGGCAAACUAAUGAUAGACAUGAAUGUUCCCACUACGAUAGCUGAAUGCAUGGCGCUAUUGGAUCUUAACUAUCCAUUUUCCAAGCGUCUCUUCAACAAAAGCGUUGAGCCUCUAAAUGCCAUGAACGAAACCCGGAGUAGAUUUUUUGAGCUCUUCAAAAUAGAGAAUCUAGAUGACGAUGAUGACGUUGAUGACGAAUCUGAGAAAGAGGAGCAUUCUGAUAUGUUUAGAAAUUCCGCAUUGGGGAUGUACGAUGUCGAAGAUAUAGAGGACGACGAAGAUGACGACGCCUCACUCAUCGGUGAAGACGAUGACAUUGCAUUUGUCGAAGGUGAGGAUGGUGAGAUUGAAGUUGUUUUUAGCGACGAUGAAGAGGAUCAUCGCCAUCAUCAUCAUCAUCGUCAUCAUGGAGACGACGCGUCUGACUCUCAGCAUGAUGGGGAGAUUGAAGAUCUUGAUGAUUCUGACGAGAGCAUGGAAUAUAACUCUGAAGAUGAUGACGACCUCGAUUUAAAUUCGGAGCCACAAUCGCAUGAUGGUCAAGACGACACCGAAGGCAGUGGGUCUUCUUACUAUUCAGAUGAUGAAGACCCAAUGCACUUUGUCGGGGUUCACGAUGACGUCAGUGGUCAAGUAAUAGACGUGGACCUCGGUAGCUCUGAGCUGGAUGAAAGCGACUGGGAAUCUGGACUUUCGGAACUCUCUGGAUCAGAAGAUGGUACCUCUGAGGACGAUUUCAAUGAGGAUGGCAGCGGACGAGAACGAUGGUUGGCUGACGAGGGCGACAUGGAGGAGGAUUCCGAUGAAGAAGGUAGAGGACUUUUCACUGGAAUCCAGCACGUUUUUUCUCCAGAGCCUCAGUACUUUAGAAUUCAUGGGCAUGGGCACGGAAGUCACCGUAGCCAGCACCACGGGGGUCGCCGUUCGGAGUUUUCAAUGGUUGCUCCAUCCAUUAGUCUUUUGAAUGGAAAUCGGCGGUCGCAAAGCAUUCUUAUGAACCCAUUGGGGCCGUCUGGACUGGAAGAGAUUGAAAAUGGAAUCCUCAAUCAGCUGAACAGCGUCGGAAACACCAAUCGACUACGAAAUGACACCGGCUACCUUUCAGAUGUGUUAUUCAACGGUGAGUUCUUUGACGAAAAAUCGUCUUCCGGUAUCGUUUUAAAGUCUACGACGGCUAGAUGGAACGAUAUUUACGAAAUGUUUUACGACUCCAAAACCUACGUCAACAAUGUCAUUCCCACAAUCGUCGAGAGAAUCUUCCAGCCAAGCUCGGACCUUUAUGUGAGAAAGAGGAAUGAGGCCUUGGAAAAGGAUCAGGUACAAAGAAAGAAGCGCGAAGAGGAGAUCAAAUUGGCAGAAUCCAAAAAGCGAAAAGCCGAAGAAGUGAAUGAAGAUGAUUCGGAGGGUGGUAAUGAGUCGGAAAUUGAAUCCGACCAAAACGCAGAAGGACUAGAACCUGUGCUGGUUGAUAUUGCAGGCGAGCAAGUUGAUAUCGCGGGAACCGACAUUGACCCUGAAUUUAUGAAUGCCUUGCCUGACGAAAUGAGGGCGGAGGUGUUUGCUCAACAUAUCCGCGAACGCCGUGCCGAAGCCCUAGAGCAGUCAGUUACUUCACGGGAGAUAGACACUGACUUUUUAGAUACGAUUCCAGAAAACUUGCGUGAGGAAAUCUUGGAGCAAGAGGCCGCAGAAUCAAGAUUUUCAAGACUUAUGAGCAAUACCCAUGAAAGGGAUGACGACGAAAGUCAUAACGAAAAUGAACACAACAACGAAGAGGAAGAGGAUCGCCCUGUGAAAAAGAAGUCUGAGAAAACUUUCUUCUCGCCCCUGGUUGAUCGCUCUGGAAUCUCUGCUCUCAUGAGAUCACUUUUCAUCUCCCAGCCUUACUUAGCUCGGGAAGCUUACCAUGAACUUUUCUUCCGCUUGUGUUCAAGCAAGCAAAAUAGAAGCGAUAUCAUAAACAUUUUGAUGCUUAUCCUCACUGAAGGUAUUAACGACCAAAAAUCUAUGGAGAGCGUUUAUAAUAUGAUUUCGAACAGAGCAUUAGGGACCACAAAACCAGGAUGUAACAGAAUGCUUCCUAUUGAUUGUACGCCACUGACCCUUGCUAAUCAAACUAUAGAAGUAUUGCAAAACCUGGUGGAGACGGAAUGUAGGAUGAAAUACUUCUUCAUCACCGAACAUGAAAAUCUGCUCAUCAACAAAUCGCCUUUAAAGAGCAAGAAGGACAUUUUCACUAGAAAUAUGAAGUGGCCAAUCAACUACCUCUUCAGUUUGUUCGAGAAGAAAAUCAUCACAGAUGAGUCUGUUUUGCUGGAUUUGCUAACUCGAAUUCUACAGAUUAUUACAAAGCCGAUCUCUACUAUCGCGAAGACAGCAAACGAAGGGUCGCAGAAAAAAUUUACUGUUCCGGAUAUUGAAAGGAAGCACUUGGAGGCAGUAGUGUCCGUCAUUAGACUAGAUGCUUGCAACACGAAAGUAUUCCAGCAAGUUCUCAAUAUCAUGACGCAUCUGUCAAACGUUAAGGGAACUCAGGACAUUUUUACUGAAGAGCUUUGCGCAUUAGCCAUACAGACUGCAGAAGUCCUAAAACCAGACUUGGAUGCAUUGAAAUCAGAGAUCUGUGAGGUUGAAAGCGGGGUUGAAAUUAACUAUGAAAUGAUACAGAAGUUCACGGCUCACAGCUCAGAUCAAGCAAAACUUUUGAAAGUGUUGACUGCCAUUGAUUACAUUCACACCAGUAAGAAAAAGUCAGGUGAAAUCGAUGUUGACGCACUAAUGGGUCUUUACGAUAAAAUCAAGCUAGGCGGAAUAUGGACUUCGCUAGGCCACUGCCUGGAAAAAUUCGAAAAGCGUCCCGCUUUAAGUUCAUCCGCAAACAUUCUCCUUCCUUUGAUUGAGUCCCUUAUGGUUGUGUGCAAGCAUAGUAAAGUAAGGGAUUCUAAGGACACUUUAAAAUACGAGGAGAGAAAGUCUGAUUUCAGCGAGAUUGCCGCUGAAAAUACGUUCUUCGCAUUUACGGACCUGCAUAAGAAGCUGUUGAAUCAAAUGAUCAGGUCCAAUCCGAAGUUGAUGAGUGGGCCAUUUGCUCUACUUGUCAAAAACCCUAAAAUACUUGACUUUGACAACAAAAGAUAUUACUUUAUCGCAAAACUUCGAACCAGCGCUCAAGAAAAACCUAAGCUGUCCAUUUCUAUUCGUCGCGACCAAGUCUUCCUCGAUUCCUACCGAUCGCUAUUUUUCAAAUCAAAUGAGGACAUCAAGAACUCUAAGUUGGAAAUAAAUUUCAAGGGUGAAGCUGGUGUUGACGCUGGCGGGGUGACCAGAGAGUGGUACCAAGUUUUAUCGCGUCAAAUGUUCAACCCUGAUUACGCGUUGUUUUUGCCAGUCGCCUCUGAUAAGACUACCUUCCACCCUAACCGAACAUCUGGUAUCAAUCCUGAACACUUGUCUUUUUUUAAGUUUAUUGGUAUGAUCAUUGGUAAGGCUAUCUGCGACCAGUGUUUCUUGGACUGUCACUUCAGUAGAGAAGUCUACAAAAACAUUCUAAGCAAGCCCGUGGCCCUUAAAGAUAUGGAGUCCUUGGAUCUCGACUAUUACAAAUCGCUAAUUUGGAUUUUGGAGAACGACAUCACCGACAUUAUUGAAGAAACUUUCUCGGUUGAGACAGACGAUUACGGAGAACAUAAAACAGUCGAUUUGAUCGAGAAUGGACGUGACAUUCCCGUUACUGAACAAAACAAACAGGACUAUGUUAGGAAAAUUGUUGAGUUCAAGCUUCACACCUCAGUGAAGGAGCAAAUGGAUAAUUUCCUGCUCGGAUUUUACGCUAUUAUUCCUAAGGACUUGAUUUCUGUUUUCGAUGAACAAGAACUCGAACUGUUGAUCAGCGGUUUGCCGGACAUUGAUGUUGAUGACUGGAAGAACAAUACCAACUACGUCAACUAUACUCCCACUUGCAAGCAAAUCAACUACUUCUGGAGAGCGGUUAGAUCGUUUGAUAGUGAGGAGCGUGCCAAGUUGUUGCAAUUUAUCACUGGUACUAGUAAAGUUCCUCUAAGUGGCUUUAAAGAAUUGACAGGUGUUAACGGUAUUAGCAAGUUUUCCAUUCACAGAGACUACGGAGCUACAGACAGAUUGCCGUCCUCGCACACUUGCUUCAAUCAACUAGAUCUUCCAGCCUACGAUUCUUACGAAACCUUGCGGGGUUCCCUGUUGCUGGCCAUUAAUGAAGGACACGAAGGUUUUGGCAUUGCCUGA